GAAGAGCUGUUUUUAAUUGCCCUCCUUCAUAUAGGCCACUGUUGAAGCUUUGGAAUACGAACUUGGUAUGAUGCAGCAGUCAUACGAAGAUAUGACAGAAGAAGACGAUAGUCCAGUCAUCGAUAUUGCAGCUGAUAGCCAAGACGCUAAACAUCCAACGAUUGUGAUAACUCCACAAAAGCCAAUUCUCAAAAACACCAACGAUGGCACCAUGGUGCACUCUAAACAGGAGAGCCUUGAGCUUAAUGAACAUCACAAGCUCAUGCACAGUAAAUCAGCCAUGAAUUUGAGAAGCCCACGCAUUUCUAUGGAGCCAAGACCAAUGUCACAAGGUCAAGAACGAAAAUUCAGCAGUGCAUCGUCGAUCGAUGCCUACAUGAAGACAGGAAAUUCAGACCUCGAUACAAGAGCAGAUGGUUUCAACGGCUCACCGCUCAAAACCAAAUCAGCUAACAGCUCGCCUGAACCAAGUUUGAAUAAAACUCCUUCCCCAAAGUCGAACCUAGCUUCUCACUGGCUUCAUCGCAAGCGCAAAUCCAUUGCCGACCUAAAAAUGGAAGGAAUAUGGCGAAAUGAACAAGUAGCGCUACGGCCAUCAGCCUCCUUAUCCACAUCGGAGUUGGCAUUGAGAGCAGAAUCCAUGGCUGCCCAGGCAAUGGAAGCAAACAUGUCUAGAGAAUCAUCCUCAGCGUCAAGAGAGGGCGGUCGUCGCAGGACAGUUUCAUCUGUGUACGGAUUUGAUGUAACUGCUAGCAGUGCUAGUAUUCAGCAACAAAUUCGAACCAUCACACCGCCUCCUUCUCCCAAAGCAAGUCCAGUGUAUUCCAAUGCGGGCCCUAAGCCAUCACCAACAGAUCAAGCUAGUGAAGAUGUCAUUCCUCGUGCCAACAUAGAUUUCGAGACCAUGCGCCAUCGCAGCAGUAUGGGUGGCGAGUAUAUCCAAUUCCAGACGUCCUUGUCAAAAAAUCGACGAGGCAGUGUGGCCGCUGCAAAGGCACUACCUCAGGUACCAAUUUCUUCCGCGUCAACGCCGUUUUUCAGUACAAAACCGUCCAAUGAAGGUCCCACACCUACACCGAGUGCUUCCAAAUCAAGAUGGACCAAGCGUCGUGUAGUUAGUACCAUUUUCAAGGAUGCCACAGAUUGAAGCACCAUGAGUUAAACAUGAUUUAACUCCACUCUCAUUCAUUAUA